GCUUAUCGCCAACAAUCACAAUGCAUACAAUCUGUUGUGAAAAUGUUGCAACAGUUGAAGGAGGAGAACUGGUGUCUUCCCAUAAUGUACACAACCUGCUUAGAUUUGCGCAUACUAGCGCAAAAAUGCGAAGAACUUGGCAGCAGCAGCAAGCCGGGGGAAAUUCUUGAGAAGGCCGCAGACUGCCUAAUGAGCUGUUUCCGUGUAUGCGCCGCAGAUAAUAGAUCUUCGGAUGACGACACUAAACGCCUUGGCAUGCUCAACCUUGUUAAUCAGCUAUUUAAAGUCUACUUCCGCAUCAACAAAUUGCAUUUGUGUAAGCCAUUGAUACGCGCCAUCGAUAGCAGCACCUUCAAAGACUCUUUCCCAUUGCCAGAACAGAUAACAUAUAAAUAUUUUGUAGGCCGUAAGGCCAUGUUCGAUUCAGACUAUAAAAGCGCCGAUGAAUUUCUAUCAUUUGCGCUGCGCAACUGUCCACGCAAUUUCCCACGCAACAAGCGGCUCAUACUAAUCUACUUGGUGCCGGUGAAGAUGCUACUUGGCUACUUGCCCAAGAAGGAAAACCUCGAACGUUUUGACCUACUACAGUUUCAUGAACUUGCUGUCGCUCUAAAAGAGGGCAAUGUUCGCAAAUUCGACGAAGUUAUACAACGUCAUGAGAUAUUCUUCAUCAAAUGCGGCAUUUAUUUGUUGGUUGAAAAAUUGAAAUUCAUUGUCUAUCGCAAUCUCUUCAAGCGUGUGUACAUAAUCAAACAGACACAUCAAUUAGAUUUGCGGGCAUUUCAAGCGGCAUUGCAAUUUGUCGGCGAAACAGAUAUGAGCAUCGAUGAAACGCAUUGCAUAGUGGCUAAUUUGAUUUUUGAGGGUAAAAUCAAGGGCUACAUCUCAUACAGUCACAACAAGUUGGUGGUGUCCAAGCAGAAUCCUUUUCCACCACUUAAUACGGUUUCCUAGGGGCGGCUGAUGCGUGGUG